UGGAUUUUGCUCUGAAGGUGGUUCAGUGGUCGGAGUCGGAGACAGUUCGGCUGCAGCUCUGGGACAUUGCAGGGCAGGAACGUUUCACCUCCAUGACUCGCCUGUACUACAGGGAGGCCUCGGCCUGCGUCGUCAUGUUCGACGUCACCAACGGCAGCACCUUCAGCAACAGCCACAAGUGGAAACAGGACCUGGACAGCAAAGUGGUCCUGCCUGACGGGAGCCCCGUGCCGUGUCUGCUGCUGGCCAACAAG